AUGGCCUCUAAUCCCUUAGCGCAGGCCUUGCGACAGCUUAAUGCGGCUCCCGAGUUCAACCCUAGGUACGACAGGCCUAAUGAUUACACGCCAUUGGAGCUGGGGGGCCUGUACUCUAGCCGUGAUAAAUGCAAGGAGGCCGUUUAUGCGUACGCUCUAGAGCAUCGGCAGGGUUACGCCGAGGGGUUAGCCAACACUAUUCCCAUCUUCGUUCGGCGAUACGGCAAUUUGGUCCGCACAAAUCCAUUCAUCUCACCCGUGGAGCUCAAAAGAAUGCUCGAGGGUCAUGGAAGGGUAGUGAUCCACUACUGGCAGGCUUGGCGGCUUCGAGAGUACAUCUUAAAGGAGCGAUAUGGAGAUCGGAAGGAGUCCUUUCGCCAGGUUCGGUGGCUUCUCACUCGUUUCACAGUCAUCGAUCCGGAAGUUCAAGUGCGGUUGGACACAUUAGAUCGGUGUUUCCACCGAUUCUACGUGCGUCCCUCUGCAGCACGGCAUGCGUUAAAUUAUUGCCGCCCGGUUGUUGCGCUCGACGGUACACAUCUCAUUAGUGCGCAGAAGGCUGUGCUGCUCAUCGCCGUCACCAUUGACGGGAACCAGGAGAUUUUGUUACUUGCAUGGGCCUUGGUGGAGUCGGAGAACAAGGACGCGUGGACCUGGUUUAUGAAGCUGUUCCUUGAGGGGUUCCCAGAGUGGGCGCGUAAGGACGUUGCCUCCAUCAUCAGCGAUCGCGAUAAGGGGUUGGUGCCGGCAGCAAGGGAGGUGAUGCCAAGCCACAUCCCCCAUUAUUUCUGUGCCUGGCAUCUGGAGCAGAACCUUAAGCGGUUCGGCAAAGCGGCAACAGCGUUCUUCUGGCGCUUGGGAUACCAGACGAAGGGGAUGGCGGAGCGGCUGCUUUUGGCAUCGGCCGUGGAGGGCGAGGACGAGCUUCAUCUGGACGUGGUCGCAGAGGGAGAGGCGGUGGCGUUGCAGGGGCGGGCCUUGGCAGGGGAGGUAGAGGAGUGCCCCCCGCGGGCGAUUGCGGAGGGCAGGGGGGUGUCGGAUCAGACUUCACGGGGGUUGGUGGUGGAGUACGGGGAGUGCCGCUCGGUGGGGCCGCCGGGGAGCAGGGGGAUGCCGGCGCGGGAUGGUCCGGCAUUGCAGGUGGAGGGAGGGGAGUCCCGCUUGGUGGGGCUCCUGGAGGGCAGGGGGGUGCAGGAGCAGGAUGGUCCGGCAUUGGAGGUGGAGGGAGGGGAGUCCCGCUUGGUGGGACUCCUGGAGGGCAGAUGGGUGCCGGAGCAGGAUGGUCCGGCAUUGGAGGUGGAGGGAGGGGAGUCCCGCUUGGUGGGGCUCCUGGAGGGCAGGGGGGUGCCGGAGCAGGAUGGUCCGGCAUUGGAGGUGGAGGGAGGGGAGUCCCGCUUGGUGGGCCUCCUGGAGGGCAGAUGGGGGCCGGAGCAGGAUGGUCAGGCAUUGGAGGUGGAGGGAGAGGAGUCCCGCUUGGUGAUGCUUCUGGAGGGCGAGGACGCGCCGGAGCAAGAUGGACCCAGGCGACACCAAAGCGGGCCACGCGGUGAUGUUACGUUUGGGGUUGGCCUGGGCGCGAAUUUCAUGGGUGGGGUGGGGUCCGUUGGAAGGGGGGGCUCACCAGUGCCCUCUGGGGACGACGUGCAGCGAGCUCCAGCAUCUGUGAGUGAUAAUGGUUUGGCAUCAUGCUCCACGGGUGAUGGGAUAGGCGCUCUCACCACUGUGGGGAACCCGGGUGCACGAGCAUUUGACGUCAACACGGUCCUGCGACGUGCCCGGGAGUGGUACCGGGCAGAGGACAUUGACACGGGGAGGACCACGGGCACUCAGGGAUCAGAGAUGGGUGGGUUUACUGAGCACUUCCACCCAGCAUCGGCUCUGGCUCUGCCAUGGCCAGACUGCGGGCAGCGGGGGAACAUUCCUGCGCAAGGGCCGGACGAGCCAGCAUGUGAGGAUGAUCCGGUGCCAGUGGAUGCUAGGGAGGAUGGGGAUGAGGCGGCCGAUGGUGAGGGAGAACCCGGAAUACAUGUGCGCACCGGGUUCUAUCGUAACAGGCGCGGAUCAUCUUAUCGCAUUGGGGGAAUCAUGCUGCUGCACUGGGCCCGUCUUUUUGCGGUGACACUGCGUUUUGGCAUCUACACAAGCAACGCCGCCGAGUCCAUCAACAGCGCUGUCCGCGGCAUCCGCAUGCUGCCACCAACAUGGCUCCUGGCAUCCCUUUGGGAUUGGUCUCGCGACAACUGGUACGAGAGGAAGGAGAAGGCGCGCUGCAGGGAUGAGUAUCUCACGGCUGCCGCAUCGAAACGUCUGGACCAAAAGAAGCAGAGGUGCCAGGGGUAUUGGUUCAUCGGUGGGGACAACACUGUGGGAACCAUCCAGACCAGGGGGGGGGAAAACGAGUUCCAGUGGCGGAGCUUCAACGUGAACCUCGAUGCCCGGACGUGCGAGUGCGGGAACUGGGAGGAGUACCAGUUCCCUUGUGCCCACGCCGUGGCAAUGUGCAUUCUGAAGCAGCGGAGUGUGGAGAUCCUUGUGUCUGAGUACUACACCACUCGCAAUCUUCGCCAGACAUACAACCGGGAUGUGAUGGGUACCUGUGUGGACCGGCUGAUUAUGGAGGCUCCACUGGCAGAAGUGGGCGAGUGCGAUGCACCAGCGCUGAUUGAGACGAGGGUUGGGAGGCCAGAGAAUCACACCCGGUUUGAGGCACCGCCGCACGCUUAUCGGUGUGGGCGAUGCCGACAGUAUGGGCACAACCGCAAAAGGUGCAAGUACAAGUACGGUGGGUACGGUCAGGCGCAGGCUGCGGUGGGGGAGGAGGUGGAGGAGGAGGAGGAGGAGGAGGAGGAGGAGGAGGAGGAGGAGGAGGAGGAGGAGGAGGAGGAGGAGGAGGAGGAGGGGGAGGAUGGAACUGCUACAGGAGAGCAUGGAGGGGGGCACCAAGCUGCCCCUGAAUGA